GUCAAGGGCGCCAGGUUGUACUAUGAGGUCCGCGGUCAGGGCCCACUCGUCCUGAUAAUGUCUGGUGGAAACGGUACCGCGGCCUUCUUCGCGUCUUUCGCCUCCCUUCUGGCGUCCCAGUGCCAAGUGGUGACUUAUGACCGGCGAGGAUUCUGGCGAAGUCCACUCAAAGACGCUACAAACUUCGAUCCGACGCGUCUGUUGCAAGCCAAUGUCGAGGAUGCAGCGGCACUAAUCCGACACCUCUCGCCUCAUAGUCCCGCCAUCGUCUUCGGCUCUUCCUGGGCGGCGGACAUUGCUCUGAACCUGCUCAGCACGCAUCCCCACCUGAUACGGAAGGUCAUUGUUCACGAGCCAGUCCUAGGGAACCUGUUCGAGCCGGCAAUAUUGCAAGGGUUCAGCGAUGAUAUGGAUCGCAUCAUUGCUGCUUUCCGCAAACAUGGAGUACCAGCCGCCAAUGCGAUGCUCACCUCCAUCACGAGCAGCAAACGCGACCGAGAGCUCUUCAGAGCCUCUCCAGUCUUCAAGCAGCUAAUGGCAAUUCCACCCAACAACCAGAAUUGGUACUUUGGGGUGGAGAUAGUUGAAUGGCGUCAAUUCACCACGUUGAAUCCGGAGAUCCUGCUCGACCAUCGGGACAAACUGAUUCUCCUGCGUGGGGCAGAAGAAUCCCCCGACUUGACAGCACAACCGGUCUGCAUUCUGUCAGAUCGACUAAAUCUCCCCGUGAUUGACAUGCCAGGGGGUCACUUGGGAUAUAUCACCCAUCAAGUGGGGUUUGUCCACAGCUUUGUGCAGGUGUUAUUGUCG